AUUAAAUGCACAAUAAUACACAAGCUCAAAUCGUAACAACAGCCUAAAAUAGUAGGCUAUUAGAAUUAGUCUAGAACAGUAGAAAAGUUGUUCAUGAAGGUUAAAUCUAGAUUUGUUAUAUGCCCGAUGCUCGUAUUUAUUUUGUGAUGAUAAACACCUAUUGUCAAACAAUAUUCCCCAGUACUCCUUGGGUGAUUUUAAAGUCUGAGAAAGGGUUUUCACUUCUUUAUCCUAAUGCAACUGCAGGUAUAAAUAGAAAUAGUAUUUAGGAUUAAAUGGAAUAUUCAUUUAGAAAGGAUAAGAAGGGGAUGCUUUUUUAAAUACACUUUAGUAAUUAGUAUAAAUAAUUCCUUUUGAAAAUGCUAUCCAAAUACCUUAAUUCAAAUAAAGUAUUCAACUUCAUUGCAAAGAUAUCGACAUAAACCCAUUAGAAAAUAAUACUACAGCAGUGGGUUAUAUAAAGGCUGGAGGAGAGUAAGUUUAAUAAUUGAUUUAUUAUUAAGAGCUUUGAAAGAAGGUUUUACUUGGUUAGGAGAUAAAUUAGCAAAAGGAGUAGCAGCAGGAGGAGAAUAUAUAAAUUCGAAAGUAGAGAAAAAGGAGGAAGUAGAAGUGAAACCAGAAACAAAGAUAAAGGUUGAAACCGCGAAAUCAAUGUUUUCACAGACUGUAGAUGUUACUGGAGCAUAUCUAAAAUAAUUGUUUACUCCAGUAGUUUAAAAAGGAUCUGAGAUAAAAUAAGAUAUUAAUAAAUAGAUUGAUAGUUCAGAUAGUUAAGGUAAGAAGAUAUGUUAUAAUUAAUAAAGGAUUGAAGGAAGGUAGAGAAAUAUUUGUUGCUAGUUGGGAUGCCAUGGGAACAGCUUUAACUGGUUUAGGAUCUGCAUUGUCUAAGGUUGGUGAUUAAAUAGGAACAAAUACCAGAACUAUUGUUGAAAAGAAAUAUGGAUAAGAUGUGUCAGAAACUUAUUUAGGUCCAAAGCAAUAACAGUAAUAAUAAUAAUAAUAAUAAUAAUAAUGAUUUGCACA